GAGCGCAUGUGCACAACUCGCUGGACCUGCGUACUCAUAACUGGGGCAGCCGUCGCCCUUUCUCCACAGACGGCCAACCGCAGUGCACGUAUUCGAUGAGGGUUUAAGCGAGAGCGGAUUCGAGCGCGGCAGUCAGCCACUGACGAGUUAGGUAUGAAGAGAACGGAGCAGCGGCAGAACAAAGAAAACACCAUGUCACGAAGCGAAUCCACAGUCAGCCGCCGCACACCGCACACACCACUCGGUCUACCCGACAGCGUCAGCGUAGACUCCAACCCAAUGCUCAGCAUAUACCGAUGCCGAGCACCCAUCGCGUCACUGGACUGUAUGGACGACUUUAGCACAAACUCUGCUCUGCACUUAUUUCAACCAGCCAGUUGGGAGAAUAUGGCACGUCAGUCGCCAGUAUACAUGGGGAACCACGCAAGUAUACCGUCAUCCGUGACUCCAGGACUUCAUUACAAAAGCAUGGGCAAGUCAGGAUUGCGAGUGCCCAACAUCGGCCUCAGCCUGUGGACUAUGCUCAACGAAGAUGUCGCUGAAGACCUCGUCAUGACAGCUCUCGAGAGUGGAAUCAAUUUAAUUGAUUUAUCUAAAGCUCAUAACGCACAGGGUGAAGCAGAAUUAGGCAGAAUACUGAAGAAAAGAAACGUUAAACGAUCCAGUAUUAUUAUUACAACCAAAAUCUAUUGGAGUACUAAGUGUGAAGAAAGAGGACAAUCUCGAAAACAUAUAAUAAGAAGCGUGAAGGAGUCGUUGGGGAGGCUCCAGCUAGAGUACAUAGACUUAGUUCUUGUACAUAAAACGGAUCCCGUAUGUCCGAUGGAAGAAUUGGUCCGAACCAUGAACGGCCUCAUAAAUGAAGGUUUUGUGAUGUAUUGGGGCACAGCGCGCUGGACUCCAACCGAGAUAAUGGACGCGUACUCUAAGUGUCGAACUUUCAAUUGCUGGACGCCGAUCGUCGAGCAGACAGAGUACCAUAUGUUCUGUCGUGAAAAGACCGAACUGUAUAUGCCAGAAGUGUAUCAUAAAAUUGGAGUGGGAACUAUGGUGUGGUCUGCACUAAGUACUGAUAUGGGUCUGAACCGUGAGGGGGUAGCAGAGAUAUUUGCCAAAUCUCGCUUCAACCGCAAAUACAGCACAUUCAGCUGGUGGGAGGAGGAACUCGUUGCUAACAAUGAACUCGAAAACAAUGAAUCUACAGUAGCCGAAGAGUCACUAAGUUUCAAGGACAAACUGAAAGCUCUCUCCGACAUAGCCAAUGCCUUGAAUUGCUCGAUAAGGCAGUUGUCGGUGGCGUGGUGUCUUAAAAAUGAAAAUAUAAACUGCUUACUUCUAGGCGCUACAAGUGUCGAACAAUUCAAAGAAAAUAUACACGCACUGCAGAUCGUGCCUCAAUUGACUCCGGCGGUGAUUUUGGACAUCGAAAAAAUUCUGGCAAACAAACCACAGCGACCCCCGAUGGUCUCGACUCUGACGAUGCGAAACCAACAGAUCGCCAGACUAGACGCUGCUGAUGGCACAGAGACGCCGAAAGAAGAUGACGUGGAAGCCAACGUUUCAACCCCUGAGAAGGACGAAGUAGUCAGGGGUGCGAUUCAAUGACGUUGGUGGAAACGAAGCUCUGACACGGCUUCCAAGUCUAAGGACUCGCUGCUAAAAGACUCAAAACCAAAGUUCUUUUUGAACAAUGCUGGCGCGGUAAUACGGCGCGUAGAACAUGAUGGCGUGACGUCCGAUACAGUAGUAUCUGUAUCUUCUCUGAAAGGCAAACAACCAGCAUCGGGAGGCAGCAAGGGUAAGAAGUCUAAGUCGGAACCCUCCCAGUCACGUUCUGGCUCGCUGCAGCGCUCCACGUCAGGGCAUUCGGCGAGCUCCCGAGACCGUAAAAUGUCUAGGUUCAAUCUGGGAUCACCUGCUGAUGUAUAAAGUAUGAAACAACAUGAGGCUCAUGAAUCUUUGUAAAAUUAGAUAUACAUUUUGUAAUUCUUUCACUCAAGGACAAAAACUGACAUCGUUUACCACAAAUUAGUUAGAGGUAGCACUAUAUAGAAGUGUUUUAUCCUACCUGUUAUGUAACCUAUCUAAUUAUGUAUAAGUAUAUUUUGACGGAACAGUUUAGUAUAUAGUAUGUGCGCUACAUACACUGUAUAUAUAUAUUUUUUUGAAAGUUGUAGACAACACUUUCACUAAAUAUUAUGGUAUAUAUGCUUCGAUAGUUAUGCACAUUCUUGCAAUUAUUUUAAUUUAGACUUAUUAGAAAGUCGGCGAAGUCAGCAAGACCUGCUUUUUUUACAUGCUAUUCUUAAUGGGCGGAUCGAUCGAUUUUAAAAGAAAUUAACGACAGCAAGUAGGGGCUACUUGCUGUCGUUAAUUUCUUUUAAAAUUCCUUCUCCAUAUGCGACAAGACACACAAAAUUGUUCCAUGUGCCUCGUACGAACUCGAAUUACCUGCAUAAUUCACCAAUGUUUCGGGUUUUAUCUAACUAUGACACUAAUUAUGAGGAUAUUGAUAUUUUCCACCUCACCAAAGAACAUGUGAGAAAAUAUUUGAAGAGGCGGGAAGACUCGAAUUUUGAUUAGGUUAUAUUUAGUAUUGUUUAUUGUUUUAAAUAUUAAAUUUCAGUUUUCUGUAUAUAGUUUUGUCUAUUGAUGCGCUUAUUUGUUUCAUUUUUCGUAUAUAAUAUUGUUU